GUUCAAAGGAAGAGCGUUUAUUUUGUCCAAUGAUGAAAGACGGGAUUAUGUCAUUACUCCUAACAGGAGGUGCACACAUCUCCUCCACUCCUGCCAGGCAAGUCGCCACCUUUUUUCCAGGCCUGCUCCUGCUUUGGAGUCAGAUGAGAAGAUCCUGGACUUGAACAGUUUUUCCUUCAGACUGUGGUUUUGGAUUGCAGCAUUUUCCCCACUCCUGAAGGAGGAGAGGGCGGCUGUGAGGGGGAGGAGGGAGGUAUAAAUCGCACACUUCCACGUUGAAGCAGCCAUAUUCAGUAGCUGUAACCAUGAUGUUCAAAGGCGUUUGCCUCCUGCUUGGAGUCCUACUACUGGUCAAGUGCUCAUUCCAGCAGACACCCCCAAAGAAGAAGGGUCCAAAAAAAGAUGCAGCAAAGGAUUCUGCCAUCGAGGAUCUACAAAAACAGAUCAAUGACAUCGUGCACGAGGUCAACCUGCUGAAGGAGCUACAGGCCCUGCAAUCAGUCUGUCUGAAAGGCGUCAAAAUCAACAAGUGUUUCCUGGCUGACACAGAAAAGAAACGCUAUCACUCUGCCAGUGAAGACUGCAACGCCCGGGGCGGUGUCCUCGGCACACCCACGUCCAGAUACGAGAACGACCAGCUCAGAGACUACAUCCACCAUAGGAUCGGCCCAGAUGAGCAGGUCUGGCUGGGCGUCAAUGACUUGGUGACGGAGGGCGCCUGGGUGGACCAAACUGCCUCCAGCAUUGCGUACACAAACUGGGACACGUCCAACCUGUCCCCUCAGCCCAACGGCGACAAGUCCCAGAACUGCAUCGCUCUAUCCGGGGCAUCUGAUGGUAAGUGGUUUGACGAGAACUGUCGUGAUGAGAAGGUGUCAGUCUGCCAGUUCACUAUCGUCUGAGCAGGCCAACCUGAUCGUGCAUGGUUACAAACGCUUUGUGUGUAAUCUCUCUGCUUUCCCUGCUAUUCUAAAAGGAAUUUUGACAGCAGUGGUUCUCACCUGGUUUGGCACUGGGUGCAACAUUCUGAUACCAAAGUCACAGCUGGAGUUAUUUUUACACAAAGUAAUCUGGAGAUGUGUCAUUUGUAGCAUUUUUGUGGCCACAGUGAAAACAGGAUGAUAAUGGGUAAGAACAGGCAAGGGAUUGUGGGAUAUCCCAAUUGAGUCAGUGAUAUGUCUUAAGUUAUAUACUACACUCACUGACCACUUCAUCAGGUACACCUGUUCAGUUGCUUGUUAACACAAAUAGCUAAUCAACCAGCCACAUGGCAGCAACUUAGUGCAUCUAGGCAUCUAGACGUGGUGAAGACGAAGUGCUAAAGUUCAAAC